AAUGGCUUCACAUUAAAACAAAAGCCCAUUAUGAAUGACCCAUUCACAUUUCACACCCAGUUUGAAAAAUCGACCGUCCAAUUAAGUAACAUUCAAAAACCCAAAAGAUAAACCUCUAAUUCACGAAUCACAACAGCAGCAUGAGCCGUUUCAUCACGACGUUAUCUCAGAGUUUCUUGGAAAUAAUUUGUUGUAGCGGACUUGUGGCUGUAAAUGGGGCCAAUGCUUAAAUUUACUUGUCUCGUCUCUUCUACACGUCUUCUCUUCCGACCACACCCUUCAUUCAAUUCAACGUCUCCUCUCUGGCUCUCUCUCUCAAAUAUAUAAACACCAAUAAUGUCUCCAAUUUGAGAUUUUUAACUGAACCCAAGUCAUGACGAAGCUUCUAGAGAUUAAUCAUAUUCAAACCCUUUGUUUUGCCAAGGGUUUUUCUCCUGCCAGAUUAAAUGUUGCAACUUCACCUUUUCGGAUAUCUCGUCGUGGUGGUGGUGGAUAUUGCAGCAAUGCUUGUAUCCCUUAUCGGUUGAAAUUUACUUGUUAUGCAACACUAUCUGCUGUGGUAAAGGAGCAAGCAUCAGACUUUAGUGGAAAAGAAGCAGCUUUGCUUGUAGAUGAGCUCAGAAGCAACUUCAACUCUGGCAGAACGAAGAGCUACGAGUGGAGAAUUUCUCAGCUUCAAAACAUUGCUAGGAUGAUUGAUGAGAAGGAGAAAUGCAUCACCGAAGCUUUGUAUCAAGAUCUUUCUAAGCCUGAGCUUGAAGCUUUUCUAGCUGAGAUUUCGAAUACAAAAUCAUCCUGUAUGCUUGCAAUCAAAGAGUUAAAGAACUGGAUGGCUCCAGAAACGGUCAAAACUUCUGUGACAACAUUUCCCUCGUCUGCACAAAUAGUCUCAGAACCGCUUGGAGUUGUUUUGGUUAUUUCAGCCUGGAAUUUCCCUUUCUUAUUGUCUGUCGAGCCAGUCAUUGGAGCUAUUGCAGCUGGUAAUGCGGUUGUGCUAAAACCUUCUGAAAUUGCUCCAGCAGCAUCUUCUCUUUUAGCAAAGUUGUUUAGUGAAUACUUGGACAAUACAACAAUCAGAGUUAUCGAGGGAGGAGUCCCUGAAACAACGGCACUACUGGAUCAAAAAUGGGACAAGAUCUUUUUCACUGGUGGAGCAAGAGUUGCUCGCAUUAUAAUGGCUGCGGCUGCGAGAAAUCUUACUCCAGUGGUUCUCGAACUUGGUGGGAAGUGCCCAGCUCUUGUUGAUUCAGAUGUUAAUCUACAAGUGGCUGCUAGGAGGAUCAUUGCAGGGAAAUGGGCUUGUAACAGUGGACAGGCUUGCAUUGGUGUUGAUUACGUGAUCACAACAAAGGAUUUUGCAUCAAAAUUGAUAGAUGCUCUGAAGACUGAACUGGAGACAUUUUUUGGGCAAAACGCAUUAGAAUCAAAGGACCUGUCGCGGAUUGUGAACUCUUUCCACUUCAAAAGGUUGGAAAGUAUGUUAAAAGAGAAUGGAGUAGCCAACAAAAUUGUUCAUGGUGGCCGAAUAACCGAAGAUAAACUUAAAAUAUCACCAACAAUACUACUGGAUGUGCCUGAAGCAUCUUCCAUGAUGCAGGAAGAGAUAUUUGGACCUUUACUUCCCAUAAUUACGGUACAAAAGAUUGAAGAUGGCUUUCAGGUUAUACGUUCAAAGCCAAAGCCUUUAGCAGCGUAUCUCUUCACAAACAACAAAGAGUUGGAGAAACAAUUCGUGCAGGACGUAUCAGCAGGAGGAAUUACCAUCAAUGACACUGUCUUACACGUGACUGUAAAAGAUCUGCCAUUUGGUGGGGUUGGGGAGAGUGGGAUCGGUGCUUACCAUGGGAAAUUCUCGUAUGAGACGUUUAGCCAUAAGAAAGGAGUUCUUUACCGGAGCUUUUCAGGGGACGCGGAUCUUAGAUAUCCUCCUUACACACCAAAAAAGAAGAUGGUGCUUAAGGCUUUGCUCUCUUCAAACAUAUUUGCUGCCAUUUUGGCUUUCUUUGGGUUCUCUAAAGACUCAUGAUCACAUGUUAUAAUCACUGAACUUGCUGGAAUAGUACAACUGAGAAAGUUGAAUAUUUCCAUAGAGAAACUAAGAUCAAUAAAACUAUAGCCUCCCCUAUAUAUGUAAACAGUGAAUAAUUUUAGUUACUUGAAUAACAAUUUUACAUAGUUACUAGGACAGCUAAUUAUAUAUUGGAAAUUCCUUCUGCUAACAAAGUGUCCUUCUGG